UCACGUUGGUAAAAGCAUUUCCUCACGGGGGGACGCUGAGGGAAUCUGGUUCCAUCAUCCCAUAGAGUAAACCUCUCGCCGUUUCAUUCUCACAUGUUCCCGGGAUUCCCCCGCUUACCUCUUUUUCCCGAGUCGAGUCAUAAAGAAUUAUGAGAACCUUAGUUGAAGAUGAAGAUGAACAUUCUAAGGUUCUGUACGAGAUCCAAUCCAUCAUCGUUGACAUUCUCAGGUUCCCUUCUUUACCCCUCCCCUUUUCCACCCCCUAUUCUCAUGUUGCUGCUUCCUCUUCAUCAUCAUGGUCCUCUGUUAUGAGACAUCUCUGGACCACUCUGUUGUCGUCGCUGGUCUCUCCAGCUGCUUGCGCUUCUCUGUUUUUGGGGAUUUCUCUGACCUUGAUGAUCUUCGGGUCCUUGGCUUUUGCCAUCGGCUUCGUGUUAUUGCCGUGGGUUAUUGCUCUGGUAUUGACAUUCUACACGGCCACGGUGGUUUCCACCUUAUGCCGAUUGGGUCGCACCGUUCUCGGUUCUGCUCCGGGGGACAACUAUGUGCUCUGUUGGGAUUUAUCCAAAAGCUGAGACCGAUGUCUUUUUUAAGGCUAGAAGGGGAAAGAUUGUCUGAGACGCUAAGAUUGAAGGAUGAUGCAUUUGCCUCAUAUAUAUUACUGACAUUCUGGUUGUAAAAGAGUCGUGAUGAAAUUUGAAUGAACUGGUUAAUUUAUGUCUCCCUUGUUUUA